GAUGCCCUCGCCGCACUAUCCAAUCAAGAGAAACCAAAUAUAUCGAAGACUGCGCGAGAUUAUCACGUUCCUUACCAGCGGCUUCGAUAUCGCUGGCAAGGUCGACCUUCCCUCCUACAGCGCCAACCAACCCACAGAUUUCUCAAUGAAAGCCAGGAAAAGGUGCUCUGUAUCUUUAUGGAUACUAUGGAUGACUUAGGCUUUUGCCCGAAGCGAAAACAAGUAGAAGCAGCGGCGAACUUAAUCCUCCACGAAGCGCGAUCGGACCUAUCUAUCUCGUCUGUGAAUGCAGACGGUAGCUUCGUGAUUGCACCACUCAUUAUCCUUACCGGCCUCCAGAUUCUCCUUCGAUGGUUUGACAACAUCACCGAGGAGUGUAUUGCAGUCAAUGAUACUGGAUAUAUGAAUCAACAAGUUGCCUACCAGUGGAUCCAGCAUUUUAAUCGCGAAACUAAAGGCCGAGCUAUUGGGAAAUAUCGACUCCUCCUUUGUGAUGGCCUUAGUGCUCAUAUCACUAGGGAAUUCAUCCAAUUUUGUGAGAAGAGCGACAUCAUUCCAUAUUUUCUACCGCCUCAUUUAAGCCACGAGCUUCAGCCUUUAGAUGUUGGAGUAUUCAACGUUUACAAACACUGGCAUAGUGAGGCAGUUGAAGCUGCAACUAUGAGUGGUUGUACAAAGUUCACAAAAGACCUCUUUCUCCAGUCAAUUCGCACUAUCUGA